CCCCUAGUCUGUCCCUCCUUUCUCUUUCCAAGUCACAAAACCCUCUUCUUCCCUCUUUCGGGCUCGCGGCUCCCCUGUUUCCGAUUUCGGACCGGAACCGGAAGUGCAGUGGGCGGGCCCGGCAGCGGAAAGCGCAGCGGCGCCGGAGCCGGGACACGGCUGUGGCUGCAGCCCCCACCCCGGCCACGGAUCGCUGGGUGGCAGGGCUGCGCGGCUCCAAGCUGAAGGUCGGUCCGGAGGAGGGUGGGCGCGAGCCUCACCUGGAUUGUCCCGGCGGCACUGUCCUCGGGCCCCCCGGGCCCCGCGAGGGAUCAUGUCUACAGCCUCUGCCGCCUCCUCCUCCUCUUCGUCUUCGACCAGUGAGAUGAUCGAAGCCCCUACCCAGGUCCUUAACUUUGAGGAGAUCGACUACAAGGAGAUCGAGGUGGAAGAGGUUGUUGGAAGAGGAGCCUUUGGAGUGGUUUGCAAAGCUAAAUGGAGAGCAAAAGAUGUUGCUAUUAAACAAAUAGAAAGUGAAUCUGAGAGGAAAGCAUUUAUUGUGGAGCUUCGGCAGUUGUCUCGGGUGAACCAUCCCAAUAUUGUAAAGCUAUAUGGAGCCUGCUUAAAUCCAGUAUGUCUUGUGAUGGAAUAUGCUGAAGGGGGCUCUUUAUAUAAUGUGCUGCAUGGUGCUGAACCAUUGCCUUAUUAUACUGCUGCCCACGCAAUGAGUUGGUGUUUACAGUGUUCCCAAGGAGUGGCUUACCUUCACAGCAUGCAACCCAAAGCUCUAAUUCACAGGGACCUGAAACCACCAAAUUUGCUGCUGGUUGCAGGGGGGACUGUUCUAAAAAUCUGUGAUUUUGGUACAGCCUGUGACAUUCAGACACACAUGACCAAUAACAAGGGGAGUGCUGCAUGGAUGGCACCUGAAGUUUUUGAAGGUAGCAAUUACAGUGAAAAAUGUGACGUCUUCAGCUGGGGCAUUAUCCUUUGGGAAGUGAUAACACGUCGGAAACCUUUUGAUGAAAUUGGUGGGCCGGCUUUCCGAAUCAUGUGGGCUGUUCAUAAUGGUACUCGACCACCACUGAUCAAAAAUUUACCUAAGCCCAUUGAGAGCCUGAUGACUCGUUGUUGGUCUAAAGACCCUUCUCAGCGCCCUUCCAUGGAGGAAAUUGUGAAAAUAAUGACUCACUUGAUGCGGUACUUCCCAGGAGCAGAUGAGCCAUUGCAGUAUCCUUGUCAGUAUUCAGAUGAAGGACAGAGUAAUUCUGCCACCAGUACAGGUUCAUUCAUGGAUAUCGCUUCUACAAAUACCAGUAAUAAAAGUGACACUAACGUGGAACAAGUUUCUGCCACAAAUGAUACUAUUAAACGCCUAGAAUCUAAAUUGUUGAAAAAUCAAGCCAAGCAACAGAGUGAAUCCGGACGUUUGAGCUUGGGAGCCUCCCGUGGAAGCAGUGUGGAAAGCUUGCCCCCAACCUCUGAGGGCAAAAGGAUGAGUGCUGACAUGUCUGAAAUAGAAGCUAGGAUUGCUGCGACCGCAGCAUAUUCCAAGCCUAAACGAGGCCACCGUAAAACUGCUUCAUUUGGCAACAUUCUGGAUGUCCCUGAGAUCGUCAUAUCAGGCAACGGACAGCCAAGACGUAGAUCCAUUCAAGACUUGACUGUUACUGGAACAGAACCUGGUCAGGUGAGCAGUAGGUCAUCCAGUCCUAGUGUCAGAAUGAUCACUACCUCAGGACCAACCUCAGAAAAGCCGGCUCGAAGUCAUCCAUGGACCCCUGAUGAUUCCACAGAUACCAAUGGAUCAGAUAACUCCAUCCCUAUGGCCUAUCUUACACUGGAUCACCAACUACAGCCUCUAGCACCAUGCCCAAACUCCAAAGAAUCUAUGGCAGUGUUUGAACAACAUUGUAAAAUGGCACAAGAAUAUAUGAAAGUUCAAACAGAAAUUGCAUUGUUAUUACAGAGAAAGCAGGAACUAGUUGCAGAAUUGGACCAGGAUGAAAAGGACCAGCAAAAUACAUCUCGACUGGUACAGGAACAUAAAAAGCUUUUAGAUGAAAACAAAAGCCUUUCUACUUACUACCAGCAAUGCAAAAAACAGCUAGAGGUCAUCAGAAGUCAGCAGCAAAAACGACAAGGCACUUCAUGAUUCUCUGGGACCGUAACAUUUUCAAAUAUGCAAAGACUUUUUUUUUAAGGAAAGAAAAACCCUUAUAAAGACAGUUCAUGAGUGUUAGCUUUUUGGCAUGUUCUGAAUGCCAGCUGCCUAUAUUUGCUGCAUUUGUUUCAUCGUUUAUUUUCCUUUUCUCAUGGUGGACACACAAUUCCACUGUCUUGUUGCAUAAUGUGUUGGCAUCUGUGACUUGAAUUAGCAGCAGUUCUCAACUUCAGAACAGCUGCAGUGAACUGUGGCUGUACAUGCAUGCUCAUUGUGUGAAGGCUAGCCUAACAGAACAUGGGUAUCAAACUAGCUGCUAUGUGCAAACAUCGUCCUUUCUGCAUAUUAGAGGUGGAACCUCAAGAAUAAUUUUGUUCUUGUAUCUCAUCUCAAAAAACUAAUUUUUUCCAAAAGAUGGUAUAUGCCAAGUUAAAGACAGGGUAUUAUUAAUCUAGAAUAAUUGGUGGUACAUUACAGAAAUACAGAUCAUUUGGGGUUAAACGGCUUUGAUGCCAUCAUCCUUGGAUCAGUACUGAACUUAGCUCCAUCUGUAAAAUAUUUAAAGGUAAGUAGAGGCUGCUGAAUUUAAUGAAAGCAAUUUUUCCAGAUUUCAUUAGACUAAAAUUUGUUUGAUAUGCUGAACAAAAUGGAUCUUUUUUUUAGGCAUAAAGAUUUUUAAUUCUGUGAUUGUGUAUAUGUGUGUGUUGAAACUGUAAAGCUUUUAUGACUCUAAUAUUAAUAUCUCUUAAAUUAAAGGACAAAAAAAAACAUGAUCCAGCUUAAAUGAUCAUUCCUUCCUGCAAUGAUUAUUGGAUCGUUUUAUCAUAUAUUUGAAAAAACUAAAAAGAAAUUAUGGAAAAUGGAAAUAAUUGCUCCAGCUAAAAGCCUUGGGCUUAGAUUACAUCAAAUGAAGAAUAAACCAGGAAAAUGAGGAAUAACAAGGAAGUUAAAGAAGUAAAUGUAAAUUCAUCAUGUAUCUUAUUUAUGCUAGAUAUUGGAAUAAUUAAUUUUCCUUGCAAGCCCAUUCUAGAAUGCUUGCUGCCUAUCAACACUUUUAAGAGAAUUUCAGCAUAUAUAAAGAGAAUAUUUAUAUUGUUAACAUUAACUUUGCUACCAACCUUCAAAACUUAAAAGUAAUAAUAAAACAUUAUUAAAAUAAUAGACCAUGCAAGCUCUAUUUUUUCAGUUGGUAUUGAGUCACAUUUUGAUACUGUACAAAAUGUCUUUUAAAUAAGAGUGUCAUCAAUCUCAUUUUGUAGCAUUAACGUUAUAUGAAGAGAAAAAAAUAAAAACAUAACUACUCCAAUUGUUAGAAUUCUAUCAUGAUUGUAUUGUAGAUUUUGCUCUAUUUCAGAUAAGCAAGUUGAUCUAAGAAGUUAUCAAAACUAUUCUUAAAAAUGCUAAAGCAGGUAACUUUUUCUUCCAUUAUUUCUUCCUCGUCCCCCUGAGUUUUAUAAUGAAUCUUUAUGUAUACAAGCAAUAAAAGUAAAGGACAGUUUGUACUAAA